UGUUGUUCUUUAAAUCUCGCCUAAGGCGCUCGAAUUCUCACGAACGGGUCUUAUCCCAACCACCUAAUGGCUAAUUGCCAUUGCCUCCUCUUUUCUUAUCCAUACUUUUUGCCAAAAAUAAUUCCAAUUAUUGGCUUAAUUAAGGGGUAAAAACCACAUCAUUAAUAAUUACAUAAUUAAUUGGACCACUUAGCCCUAGCUUUUAAUUUGUAUCUAUCUAUCUAUCAGUCAAAUAUCUGUUACUCAUCUUCUUGCUUAAUUUAUAUCCAUCAUCACUCAGUCAAAAAUUAAAAAACAAAGUUUUUUUCUUACAAACAUCUAUAAGCUAUGGUUAAAGUUAUACACCUUCUGCUACUCCUAAUUUCCUUCAUUUCAGCUAGGAACAUCGGAUCGGCUAAUGCGCAGAAAACGUGGUGUGUGGUGAAGCCUUCGUCGGACGAGGUGGUUCUACAGCAGAAUAUCGCGUACGCUUGUUCGAACGUGGAUUGCGCGAUAAUUCAGAACGGCGGCGCGUGCUUUAUACCCGAUAAUCUAAUGAACCAUGCUUCCAUAGCCAUGAAUUUGUACUAUCAGGCUAAGGGAAGAAACACAUGGGAUUGCAGUUUUGGCAACUCUGGUCUUAUUGUCUUCACUGAUCCAAGCUAUGGUGGUUGCAUCUAUGCAUAAUGUAUGGUGGGCUUAUAAGCUAUGAGCUUUUGAUAAUACAUAUAUAUAUAUAUAUAUAUAAUAUCUCUGCUGAGAUUUAAUAUUAAUGGUUUAUUGAUUGGAAUGUGUGUCUUCAUUGAAAUAGAUAUCUGUUGAAUGAUAACAAGAGGCAGUGCAGUUUAUUGAGGUUUUUAUUUAUUAUUAAGAUGACUUAAUUAAAAAAAGUAAAAAUACAAUUUAAUAUACUGCUUUUUUUUUUUUUGUUGUUAAAUUGAUUUCU